GAUCGCAGUCCCUUAUAACGCCGCGUGGGGGCUGGAGAGCAACAUGAUGCAAUCUGUGAUGGGCUUGGCGAGAACUUUUGCGGUCGGCCCUAAAAAAAGAUUGUUUCUGUGAUGCUCUAAACCGAUUAUGUUCAACCGGGGAAAGUGACCUCACGAGCGUGAUUCCCCGGGCCCCUGGUUUAUUGGCUUCUGUGUCGAUUAAAAAAAAAAGCUCGUUAAAAGUAAAAAAAAUAUGUAUUAAUCAGUGCACUAAUGCUCGUGUUAAACGCUUGUCCGCUGCAUCGGAUACAUUAAAUGGCAUAAUUCAUAUCGUUAAUGGUUGUUGGAGCACAUCGGCGAUGAGACAUGGCGCUGUGACGUCAGCUGCCCCCUCCAUCAUCAUCAUCAUCACCAUCAUCAUCGUCAGUGUGCGAGAGUCACCGACGGAAACGGCAUCACGCGCCGCCGGAUUGAUCGGUAAAGCCAAAAACGACCAGCCUCGCACAACGCUCCGUUUGUCAGUGACAGCGCAAGCCCACAGGCGCAUCGCCCGCCAGCUAUUUAUUCGCGUAUUUAUUUAUUCAUACCCGGGUGUUUUUCUCCUCCGUUGAUUCGUCGGUAAUGGCUGGGCUCGCGAGCUGCGGCUGUUGAGAGGCAGGUGCAUCGUCGGAGCGACUCUCGCUGGGCGUGAUGCGGUGCGAUGCGAUGGGUUCGGCUCCAGCGCAGCGAUGAGACGGACGCAAGCGGAGGAUCGCCAUCGAGCGGCGAGGCGCGUGUGAUCGAGCCGCCGACGCUGUGGCGCAGGAGCACCGGCGGCGAAGAGGGCUCGUCCCCUCCCGAGCGCUCCGUCUGAUCGACAAAUACUGAAUAUUAAGGUGUUCGUGCGUCCCGAAAUCCGGCUAUCGCUGGUGCGAGCGGGCCGUGGAGCCAAGCGGCAUCAUGUGCACCUGAUGACAUUGUCAUGAACUCGUAGAAGCCGUUUCGCCAUUUCGAUUCGCGUCUCCGGUGUCUAAUUUACUCCUUCUCUAGCAACGAGCCCCGACCGAACGCCGCCAGGAUGAUGGAGCUGGACGAGGUGGUGUACCAGGAUGACUACGGGGCCGUGUCCGUCAUGUCCGAGCGGGUGUCGGGCCUGGCCAGCAGCAUUUACCGCGAGUUUGAGCGCCUCAUCAAGAGCUACGACGAGGAGGUGGUGAAGGAGCUGAUGCCGCUGGUGGUCAACGUCCUGGAGAACCUCGACUCGGUGCUAACGGAGAACCAGGAGCACGAGGUGGAGCUGGAGCUCCUCAAGGAGGACAACGAGCAGCUCAUCACGCAGUACGAACGGGAGAAAGCGCUGCGCAAACAGGCGGAGGAGAAGUUCAUUGAAUUUGAAGAUGCCUUGGAGGCAGACAAGAAGGAGUUGCAGACCAUGGUGGAGACUUUGGAGCUACAAACAAAACAACUCGAGCUGAAGACCAAGAACUAUGCCGACCAGAUCUCUCGUCUGGAAGAACGAGAAUCAGACAUGAAGAAAGAGUAUAAUGCCCUUCACCAGCGCCAUACAGAGAUGAUACAGACAUAUGUGGAACACAUUGAGCGCUCAAAGAUGCAACAGUCAGGCAGCAAUCAGUCCGAGUCUACUGGCUGUGGACGGACUCAACGACACAACUGGAGGAAAAGUAAAACAGAUCGCCCCCCAUCACUGAGUUUGUUUCCUGGCGGAGAUGGCAUGGUACGUGGGGGUCCUGGGGGGGCUAGAAUGGUUUCGUCAGACGUCUGGCAUUCCAGUGAUCUCAGCAGACCUGUCUACGCCCCUGGCUACCAGGAGGAUGGCUCAGAUUCAGACUCGGUCGCAGCCACACCCAGCAGCACAGGGAGCAAAUCAAACACUCCCACCUCGUCUGUUCCCUCGGCAACAGUCACCCCUCUGAAUGAUGGGCUGGUAUCGGUGGGAGGGUUCGACGCACCCCGGGGGCCACGCCACAAGAAUGCAAAGCGUCUUAGUAGAAACAUGGAGGUGCAGGUCUCUCAGGAAACCAGAAACGUCAGCAUUGGUAUGGGCAGUAGUGACGAAUGGUCGGAGUUUCAGGAAAUCAUAGACUCAACACCAGAGCUAGAUAUGUGCUUGGACCCUCGAAUCUUCGGAGGAGGAAACAGUCCUUCUCAGGGCAUAGUGAAUGAGGCAUUCGGCAUCAACACAGACUCUCUGUACCACGAGAUCAAAGACGCCAAGUCUGACAUCAUCGGUGAUGUGGACGCAGGAGCGGAGCUUCUCGGGGAAUUCUCAGUCCGGGAUGAUUUCUUUGGUAUGGGGAAAGAGGUGGAAAAUCUACUAACAGAGAACAAACAACUACUGGAGACCAAGAAUGCCCUGAAUAUUGUGAAGAAUGACCUGAUUGCUAAAGUGGAUGAGCUGUCGAGCGAACAGGAAGUUCUCCGGGAAGAGCUGGAAACUGUGAAACAGUCCAAGAGCAAAGUGGACCAGAGAGUGAAAGAACUGGAGGAGGAGCUAAAGAGGUUGAGAGCUGAAGCUUUAGGAGCAUCUCAGGACUCUAAAGAUGAGGGUGGAGAGGAUGACGAUGUGGCCAUGACGCAGAGGCGACGGUUCACUCGUGUAGAGAUGGCCCGCGUGCUGAUGGAGCGCAACCAGUACAAGGAGAGACUGAUGGAGCUUCAGGAAGCUGUGCGCUGGACCGAGAUGAUCAGGGCAUCUCGAGAGAGUCCUCCUUUACCAGAGAAGAAGAAAUCCAUAAUCUGGCAGUUCUUUGCACGUCUCUUUAGCUCAUCGGCGAGCCCUCCUCCGGUGAAACGGCCGUACACCAGUGUCAACAUUCACUACAAGUCUCCCUCUCCUGCCGGCUACAAUCAGAGACGCUCACAGACCAUGUGUCAGAUCUCCACCUCCAGCUGCAUACUGGAGUUCAUGCCUGAAGACGAUUCUGCGCUCUGUACUCGCAGAGAGCAGCGUCGAGAGCAGUACCGGCAGGUGCGUGAGCACAUGCGCCGGAAGGACGGCCCCAUGCAGACCUGUGGCUGGAGUGUCCCGUCCCGACUGAAACAGAACGGCUCGCAGGCGGACAGUGCUCAAGAUACCACAGCGAAGAGGACGCAGGCCAAUGAGAAGGAGGAUAAUCGCAUGAAAAAUGUCCCUGUGCCAGUGUACUGCCGCCCUCUGGUGGAGAAAGACCCCAACAGGAAGCUGUGGUGUGCUGCUGGCGUGGACCUCACUGGCUGGAAGACGUCCAAUCAGGAGACUGUAAAGCCGUCCAAUGGCUCGGAUCCUUUGACUGGUGAAGAUGAAGGUGCAGACAGCAAGAGUGAGCAAAGCUCACCAGAGAAGAAGAAGCCUAAAGAGCUGCACGAGACUGACUCCAUGAGCAGCCGCGUCUGGAUUCUGACCAGCACUCACUCAGCCAGUAAAGUGGUCAUUAUCGACGCAAACCAGCCCUGCUCACUGGUCGACCAGUUCAAUGUGUGUAACGCCCAUGUGCUGUGCAUCUCCAGCGUACCGGCGGCCAGUGAGAGUGAUUACCCAGCGGGUGAGAUAUUUCUGGAGCAGCAGGCUGGAGACGGGGCUUCAGAGGAGAAGGGUGGAGUGGAGGGCAUGCUGGCGGGGAUCACCAUCGUUGGCUGUGCCACUAACUGCAGCGUGGUGCGCAGCAACUGCUCCUCUCGCACCGACACACCCGUGCAGGACCGAAGCCAAGCUCCUACAGCUCCGGUGUGCAGAAGCCUAGCAGUGUCCCAGUCUGCGGAGGAAGCCACAGAAGCCAUUGAGGUGUCCGAGGAGGCGGAGCCUAAUGAGAACGAAGAGAGCACGCUCGGACCUUUCACCGAGCACGUCUUCACUGACAACACACACAGUGAAACGGGUGCGCCGAAGGAGCAAGUAGCAUCAGCCCCCACAGACUCAGACGAUGCAGGAGACGACCGGGCAGGAACAAGUGCUGCCCCGACCAUGUGGCUGGGAGCCCAGAACGGAUGGCUUUAUGUCCACUCUGCAGUGUCCAACUGGAAGAAAUGUCUCCAUUCAAUCAAGCUCAAAGACUCUGUCUUGAGUUUGGUACAUGUGAAGGGGAGAGUUUUGGUUGCAUUAGCUGAUGGAACUCUUGCAAUCUUCCACAGAGCUGAAGAUGGGCAAUGGGAUCUAUCGAACUAUCACCUAAUGGAUCUGGGGAGACCCCAUCACUCCAUCCGAUGCAUGGCUGUGGUCCACGACAAAGUCUGGUGUGGCAACAAGAACAAGAUCCACGUGAUCCAGCCCAAGAGCAUGCAGAUCGAGAAAUCAUUUGAUGCUCACCCACGCAAGGAGAGCCAGGUGAGGCAGCUGGCAUGGAUCGGGGAUGGUGUCUGGGUUUCAAUACGACUAGAUUCUACGCUCCGCUUGUACCACGCUCUCACACAUCAGCAUCUGCAAGAUGUGGAUAUCGAGCCAUACGUCAGCAAGAUGCUGGGUACAGGGAAGUUGGGCUUCUCUUUUGUCAGGAUAACUGCGCUGCUGAUUGGAGGAAACCGAUUGUGGGUGGGGACUGGAAAUGGCGUCAUCAUCUCAAUCCCUCUGACUGAAACCAAUAAGGUGUCGCCCACGUCGUCCGGGGGUGUGAUCCAUGUAUAUGCAGAUGACAGUAACUCUGAGAAGAGUAGCUUCAUACCAUACUGCUCUAUGGCACAGGCUCAACUCUGUUUUCAUGGACACAGAGACGCCGUCAAAUUCUUUGUGUCAGUGCCAGGCAAUGUGUUGGCCACCCUGAACGGUAGCGUUUUGGACAGUCCGUCAGAGUCUCAGGGGUCCUCGGCCCCGACGGACACAGAAGCACAGAGUGUUCAGAACGUGCUGGUGCUCAGUGGAGGAGAGGGUUAUAUCGACUUCCGUAUCGGUGAUGGUGAAGAUGAUGAGACGGAGGAAGCAGAUGCUGAAGCUCCUCCGAUGAAGUCAGCGUUGUCUAAAGCAGAGAGGAGUCAUAUCAUCGUGUGGCAGGUGUCUUAUGGUCCGGAGUGACAUGAACAGACGCCUCCUGCCUGCCCCCCUUUUCCGCCCUAUAAGUCCGCCCCCAAAGAUGAAGUACGAGUCCUUUCUGUAACUAUGCCCCGAAUACUGUACCUGAGCUAUGUAACCUACCACGGCCUUGUAACUACCCCUUUAAAGUCUUAUAUUGACCCCGUUAGCCUGUAUUUUCCUAUCCUCAAUUAUAACUACCUGUACGACCCUUCAGUCCACCUUGUAACGUCCCCUCCCAACAAAAAACACACAAAGUUUAAGAGCUUCCUGCAUCUUACGACUGAAUGGCAAUUUCAGAUGAAAUAUAAACAGCUUAAACAAGUACCAAACUACGUUCCUGAAAGAACUACGCAGUUUUUGCCAAAUACCCUGACCUUUAUAUUUCCAGUCCGUCAGCACACAGCUCACUGAAUGACAGCAACUCGCCAUAAACUCACGUGAGUUCAGAGAUGACAGGAACCAUUUGUCGAGAUGGAAUACAAGAGGGGAAAAUGCAAAAGAGACCUCAAUAUGUAAAUACUGAAAAGCAGCACAGAGAAAUACCCAAACACAUCCCGGUCACAUUUCAUACAUAUGUAAAAAAAAAAAUUCAAAAAAAUAAUUUAAAAAGCUCGAAAACCAUUCGACCAUUUGCAGCUAUUUAUUUUCCAGCCUCGGUGAGAUGUGUGCUGACUAGCUCUAACUUCCCUUUGGGAUAAAGAAUGAGGUUAACAGCUAAACCGAAGCCUUCGAUUGGACGAGGUUUGAAAGAGAUGGACGUCCCAGUCGCCUUGUAUGUAAAUCAUCACUCUGUGUUCUCUGUGUGGUUAAGUAUUAAGAAAUAAACAUGUUUAUGUGCUGAAUA